UCUGCAUGUCAGCUGCAAGGCUUGGCACAACCACCUGAACUAACCCAGGAUGGGGACCUUUUUAUUGGAGGCAUUUUUUCAUUUCGCACAGGCCAGGAUUAUGUAACUAACACAUUUCAGACAAUGCCAGAAUUUCGAAAAUGCAAAAACUUUAAUUUUAAAGAAUUUCAAUUUGCUCAAACAAUGAUCUUUGCCAUAAAUGAAAUCAACAAAAAUCCCCACAUGCUGUCUAAUAUUAAACUUGGCUAUAAGAUUUAUGAUAACUGUGGAACCAUGGACAUACUGAGAGCAGCACUGACACUGCUGAGUGGGUUAAAUAGACAACUCCGUGAGGACACCUGCACUGAGGCGGUGCAAGCAAUCUUGGGACAUUCUGGAUCAAGCCCAACUAUUGCAUUUGCACAGGUUGUUGGAAGGUUUCAGAUACCUGUGAUCAGCCAUUUUGCCACCUGUGCCUGUCUGAGCAACAGGAAAGAGUACCCUACCUUUUUCAGAACUAUUCCCAGUGACUACUACCAGAGUAGAGCUCUUGCCAAGCUUGUCAAGCACUUUGGAUGGUCCUGGGUCGGGGCGUUAGCUGUGGAUAAUGAAUAUGGCUUCAAUGGCAUAGCAGCAUUUAUCCAAGCUGCAAAAGAAUAUGGAGUGUGUAUUGAGUAUUCUGAAGCAUUUUCAUCAUCAGAUCCACCAAACAGACUACAGAGAAUAAUAGAAAUCAUUAAGCAGUCCACUUCCAAAGUUAUUAUGGCUUUUAUGUCUCACAGAGAAAUUAAAUUGCUGGCUACUGAGCUGUACACGCAUAGCAUUACAGGACUCCAGUGGAUUGGCAGUGAUGCAUGGAUCACAGAUCACUCUCUGACUGACAGUGAGGGACACAAAAUCCUGGUGGGCUCAUUAGGCUUCACCAGCCCUAAAGCUAAGAUCUCAGGGCUAGAGGAGUAUCUAAAGCAGCUCUACCCCUCACAGUUCCCUGAUAGUCAGUUUGUUAGGGAAUUCUGGGAAGAAGUGUUUGACUGCUCUCUCAAUAUAUCUGUAAACACUCAAAAACAGCCAUGUAGUGGCCAUGAGAGCUUGCAAAACAUUGAAUCACAGUUCACUGAUGUGUCUGAGCUCAGAUUUACUGAUAAUGUCUACAAGUCAGUUUACGCAGUGGCUCAUGCUCUCGACAUGCUGAUCAAAUGUGAUAAUGAUCAACUGUCCUUUUCUAAUGGGAGCUGCAUUGACCCCAAACACAUUAAACCAUGGCAAGUCUUACAGUAUCUUAACACUGUAAAUUUUACAACAAAAGAAGGGGAAAGGGUGUAUUUUAACAAAAAUGGUGACACCCCAGCAAGAUAUGAACUUGUUAAUUUACAGUUUACAAUUCGAGGAACAAUGGAGGGAAGAACCAUUGGCAUUUUUGAUGCGUCUCUUCCAGAGAGAAAUCAGUUUGUCAUGAACAACAUCCCGGUUGUCUGGGGCAAUGGGUUGACUGAGGAGAUGCCUGUGUCAGUGUGCAGUGAGAUGUGUCUCCCUGGAACACAUAAGGUCCUUCAGAAAGGAAAGCCAGUCUGCUGUUAUGACUGCAUACCCUGCCCAGAAGGAGAGAUCAGUAAUGUGACAGAUUCAAUACACUGUGCGAAAUGCCCACCAGAGUACUGGUCAAACAAACAACGAGACGCCUGCAUCCCCAAAGAAGUAGAAUUCCUGGCAUAUGAUGAAAUUCUAGGGUUGGUGUUAGUGUUAUUUUCAUUGCUGGGAGUUUUUCUAACUAUGGUUACAACAUUAGUCUUCUACUGUCACAGAGAAACCCCAGUAGUAAGGGCAAACAACUCUGAGCUGAGCUUCCUGCUGCUCUUCUCCUUAACUUUGUGUUUCCUGUGCUCUCUGACCUUCAUCGGACGGCCAACCAAAUUGUCCUGCAUGCUGCGACACACAGCAUUUGGCAUCACCUUUGUCCUCUGCAUCUCUUGUGUUCUUGGUAAAACAAUAGUAGUUUUAAUGGCCUUCAGAGCUACACUUCCAGGGACAAAUGUGAUGAAAUGGUUUGGCCAUCUACAGCAGAGACUCAGUGUUCUGGUCUUUACUUUUAUACAGGUUUUGAUAUGCAUACUUUGGUUAACAAUAAACCCACCUUUUCCUUUUAGGAAUUUACUACUGUAUAAGGACAGAAUCAUUUUAGAGUGUGAUACAGGCACAGCUGUAGGGUUCUGCGCUGUUCUAGGAUAUAUAGGAUUUCUGGCUAUAUCAUGUUUUGCAAUUGCAUUUUUGGCUCGAAAGCUGCCUGAUAAUUUUAAUGAAGCAAAAUUUAUAACCUUUAGCAUGCUGAUAUUCUGUGCAGUUUGGAUCACAUUUAUCCCCGCCUAUAUCAGCUCACCCGGAAAGUUUAUUGUGGCUGUAGAAAUAUUUGCUAUUUUGGCUUCCAGCUUUGGACUACUUUUCUGCAUUUUUAUACCAAAAUGUUAUAUAAUCCUGUUUAGGCCAGAACAAAAUACUAAGAAACACAUAAUGGGAAAGACAUCAAAUUAUGAUAUACAAUAUUAA